AAAACAUUUUAGGGACACAACACAAUAGAAAAUGUCCAAGCAGCAGCAAAAUGCCACGGGUUCGACCGCGGAAUCAGCCGCGGGUGUUGGAAAAAGGCAAAAGGAUCGUUUCUUUAGCAGUAGCAAAACAAGACGUCAAUUUCAGUGCUGCAUUGCCAAGGAAUACUACAGUGAGUAUUCGAACUUGGUUGAUUCCCUGCAUAUCACGCCUCGGAUGAUGGUCCACCAAAAGUGCUUUAAGGUCAACAACACUUACGGUCUGACUCUCAGCAUUAAAAACACCGGAUUGUUCCCACGUCGUAUCAACAUAACCUCUGACAGUCCCGAAGACACGUCUAUUUCGAUACCGGAACUGGACCUUCACCGCUACUUGGACACCGAUGAGACUUUGGAGGUAAAGAUCUGGAUACGGUCCGCUGUAAAGCGCGACAUAAAUCGCCGGCGCCACAUUCUUGUUGAGUGUUUCCACCCGAAUAUUAUAUUCCAAGUGCCCAUCAUUGUUCUGGACAAACUACACUAUCCGUCGAUCAGCGACACCAUAACUUUUCCCAGCUGCGUUCCCGGCAACAAAACCCACUACGAAAUGAUAAUCUACAACCCCACCAAAGAGCGCGUUCGAGUGCGGUACAGAAACACAAAUCGCGGCCUGGAGAUCCAUGACAACAACAAGGACAUCCUGCCGCCACAGGAUUACGCCAGGCUGCUGUUAGUCAUCCAACCAAAAAAACUAAACGUGUACAAGGGUUUUUUCAACAUCAAGUUUGGAGUGUUGCCUCCAAAGCCGGUGAUGUUCGUCUUCACGCCCAAAUCAAUGAGUGUGCAUCUGAAUAUCGGCAGUGUGGUCUUCGGUUCGACCAAAUUCUCUGGCGACGAAACUCGCAUGGUGAUCAUGUGUAACGAGAGUCCGCAUGAGGUAUUCGUCACCGGUCGGUUUUACACGGAACCGGCUGCUAAGGAGCCGAGUACCGAUGAGGAUGAGGAUGAGGAUGAUCAGAUCUCCAACAAACUGAUCGACGAUGCCAUCAGCAUGCACAGUGCACUGAUCUUUGACUUCGAGGAACGUGCGAGUGUGCAGGAUUUGUUGAUGGAUGCGAAAGCGGUCAAGCACUUUGACUUCUCCAUGCCAAAUAAAAUCGGAACCGGAAAUUCGGCAGAAAUAAUGCUGAUUUUCCGGCCGACCUAUGAUGCGGAAAAUCCAUUUCCGGAUGAUCAGGAGCCACCGUAUUUUCAGCGCACUCGGGCCACAUUUUGCUUCACCGACGCCGAGGAGUGCAUCGAGUCGCAUUUUGUGAUCAUGGCUGGAUUAAUCGAGGGCAUCGAAAUGGAGUUUCACCCGAAAGUGAUUGAUUUCCGGAAAAUCUACCUGGGCGAAGAGCACUGCGCCCAGAUCAAAGUUCUCAAUUCCGAUGUUGUGCCCGCCAAAGUGGAGUACAAGGACUGUACGGAUCCUGAUGCGGCCGGCAUACGCAUCACGCCCGUUGAAGGAUUCCUGCUGGAGCCUUGCACACGUGGUAUAUUCAAUGUGUCCUUCUACUCAUUGUAUCCCGCUCGCUUCACAAUAACACUGCGUUUUAAAGUGCAAAAUGGGGCGCACUACAAAGUUGCGAUAAAGGGCACUGGACAACCGGUGCAGCUGCGCACCUUUCCCCAAUUGGUGGAGUUUGGGAGCAUUCCAAUGGCCGUGCCCCAGAAACGAUAUAUGCUACUAAUGAAUCCACUGGCCGUGCCAAUAACGCUGCAGGUGAAACCCACCGAUGAUGGGGAGGAAACGCCAUUGGUUCUCAAUAUACGCAACUCCACGGAGAUGCUGCCCAUAACAGUGCGAGAUCCCAUACGACAUCUGCAGCAGGUGCACGAGGAACUGCAAAGCCACGAAACGGAGGAGCCCAAGGAAAUCCGUCUCACAAAUGCCAUAUCGGAAGUGCUUUCCAUGAAGUCCGUCCAAGCGACUGAAUCAAACUAUAGCUUGGAAUUUGAGGAGGAAGUGAUGGAGCCCAUUCCACAGAUGGCUGCCCAUCUGCUGACCAACCUAAAGAAACAAAAGAUCUUUGACAAGUCGGAGACGGACCGCCGUGUCAUUCAAGAGGCACUUAUGGGUCUGCUCAACACAAAGUACUUUUCUGUUUUCACGAAGCACAACAACUAUAUAUUCAUGGACUGGAACGCACUGCCCAGUGAUCCACGUGAAGUUUUUUGCGACAAUGAGAUAAUCUAUCUGCGUCCAAACACUGGACGGAGCAUUACCAUUCUUUUGGUGCCCAACAAAGCUGGCUACUUCCAUCGAUCGCUGUCCGUGAGGAUUUGUCCCUCCGUUGCAACACCAUCUGUGGAUUCCAGCGAUGAUCAUCCCAUUAUGAAGACCCUCAUCAAGUCGGAAUUUCUCUGCUCGAAGCUCUGGUUUGAGUACAAUUGCGUGGUCCCCGAAAUCGUGUGGUCCAAUAUGGUGGACCUUUCGCACCGAACAAUCUACGCUGGCGAGGACUAUGACUUCGAGAUGAAGUUCUCCAACCCAUCUAUCAUAGGCGUCUUUCUUCACUAUGAUGUCGUUCCCAUUGACAUGACCUUUCGGGACGGCACGUGGAAAUUCUUCAUUGACGGUGGAUCGGAGAUCACCGCCAAGUGCGCUGUGACCUUUCGAUCGCUGGGCAACACCCGGCUAUCUGGUCUUGUCAAGAUGGUGGGCGCCAACUCGCCGUACGCCUUUCAUCUUUUCGCCAAUGUACUACCCACAGAGAUCAGAGUUAUGCCGAUGUUUGUGCACCAGCGAUUGCAGGUCUACGAGAAGAGCCUGGUGCACUUCUAUAUCGACAACUAUACGCCCACGCACACGAAGCUGAGCAUGCAACUGAAAGAUAUAGAGUUCCAGUAUUUGACACUUAGAGGUGGAUCUUUAGCUCCCACAGGCCAAAGCAUGUACACCACCUUGGUGUCGUUGUUCACCGAUCCGGAUUUGUACCAGAACACCAUGUUUAUUGACCUGCAGUUCGACAAUGUGAUGACGAUUCCCAUCACUUUUCUGGUGGAGGGGGUGCCACUCUACUUCGAGCCGGAUAUACGCCAGGGUUUCGAUGCCGGACUGCUCUACACCGAUACCAAGGAGCAGUUCCAGGAAAGCCUCUACCAGCACCGUUUUCCCAUUCGGGUGAUCAACAAAGGUCGUCGUUCCUACCGCAUUUUGAUUAUCCGCCUUAAUACCUAUGGACCGGGGGCCAAUGUGUCUUCGGCCUGUGCCAACAACGCUUUAACUUCCCGUUUUGACAUGGAACCAAAGAAUCUUUACAUGUCGCCCAGUGACGAAAAUCAGCUGGACAUCUUGGCCAGCUCUUAUGUGGAAGGCCACGCCACCGGCGACUUUCUGGUGCAGGUCAUCGACCAAAAGUAUCCGCAGCGUAAACACAUCAUUAGGAUUAGGACCUCGGCAGAUUUCGUGGAUGUCCAGCUGCAUUGGAGCCCCAAGCAGGUGAUCUUCAACUACAAACGCUGUGAACCUCUAAAAGAGCGUUCGUACGUAGAGACGCCUUUCCUGGUGAAUUCCUGUUCGGUGCCCAUCGAAAAGGUGAUCCUCCAGGUUACUGGCCCUUUCAAAAUCAAGGAAUAUUACGAAGAUACUUACGAGAAGGAGAUACAGAUCAGUUUGGGUGGCUUAGAGCGAAAAGAAAUCUUCGUGAUGCUCAAGGGAGGAGCUUCGAAACAGCUCUUCUGUCGCCAAAUCGAGGGAAGAAUCAAUGUGAUGGCGCUGGGAAAGCAGUUGAAGUCUCUACCACUGCGGGCAUCAAUAAUGGUUCCAGAUGUUGUGAUCUUGCAGCCAGAACUUGUGCUUUUCGAUCGGGGCAAACCUUAUGACAGUAUGAUCCAUCUAGUUAAUCAAGGCUGCAUGCCGGCUGAGUUCAAGUGGAAAAGGCUGCAGACCACGGAGAUUUUCAUUGGCGACGAGGAUGAUCCGGAGGGCAUUGCAGCGGAUCUCCUCUCGGAAAUUCUUCGCAUGCUGGACUACGACUUCAGUUGCGAGGAUCAGCCAAAUAUGACACUGAGAUAUCAAGAGUGCCGCUGUCAAUUUCGUCGUUUUGAGGAGAAUGGCGAUUUGAUACUGGAAAUCUUGGACGAGGUCAUCAACGAACUGGACUUAGCACAUAAACCACUACUCUAUCCUCCGAAACUUCCCCCUGCCGACCAAGAAGAGGAGGACAGAGAUCAAAGUUCGUCGAGUGUUGUGCGAGAAACCAUUUCGGAUAUACUAAAUCGCCUUCACCUUGAGUCCAGCGAAAAAUGGUCUGAGGCAUCCACCGAAUACUGCUUUGCCAGUCGGUAUAUCUACUUUUAUGAAAAACGGGGCACUGUGGACACGGAUCUGGAGUGUAAACUAUAUCUGCCGCACAUUCGGCGAAGCCACGAAAUGCGGGCCGUAUUCGAGUUGGCCUUAAUAGGCGGACGAAGUCAGCGCUUCACCGUCACUUUGAUCAAUCUGCCGCAGAAGAUCAAGUUCCACAAGGACAGCAUUUACGUGGGAAUCAAGCCCUGGUACGAGUCCUUCGAUACCGUGGUGCGUGUGAGCAAUCUAACCAAAUAUCCUCUCCAGUUGGUUGUGGUCGAGGUGAAGAAGCCACCUCCCAAGUCGCCCAAGGAGCAACCAUUGGAAAAACGUCUGGUUGAUGGAUACUGCAAGAUGAUGACAAGCGAUAUGAUGCAUUUGGAACCUUUAGGAUCGGAUCAGAUCCGUGUGAAAGGCAUCCUGGGUUUCAGCGAAAGCUUUAGGCAUACUUUUGGAGCCAUGAUCAACAACAGUGACACCAAGUACUUUUGUUUACGAGGACAGGGCGUAAUGCCCAUGCUGGAUAUGGCAUCCCCACUGUCCAGCACUCCCUUAAGUCCUCUAGAGAUCGAGGAGGAAUACCGUUUGCUGCAAAAGAUCUACCACUAUGAGAUCUUUCGCAGCAUCACAGAAUUGGAUGAAGAGCCAAAGGGUGACAGAGGUGAAGAGGAGCUGCAAGUGGAAGAAAUAGUCUCGGUCACCGAGGAUUUUACUUUGCUAUCGUCCAGCGAGGAGGAGAUGAGCUCGGAGCGUCAAAACCAACACGAUUUGCAGCUCUUCCGAAUGGUUCACACUUACGUGAUGGUGAAUAACAACCAGGAGUUGCCCCAUGCCACAGUUCUAAGGCAACUGAUCUUGGCCGAGAGAUAUUUAAGGCGCCUUCGACUGAAACCGGAGUUGUAUUCGGUGCAUCAGCAGGUCUACCAAUCUUACCAGAAGAUUCACAAGGCGCCGGGCUUCAAACACCCAGCGAUGGUCAAACACUUCACAGUCCAACCCGUUCCCUGCGAGCAACACGGUUUUGUCCUCGACUUGGGUCUGUUGACCAUGAACACCUUGCGGCGAUUCGAACUUAAACUACACUUCUUUGGCCCCGGCAAACUUAUUGCCGCAGCACGUACGGCUGUCAGGAUUCCAGGUUUAUAUGUGGACUUUAAUGUCACCGACGCUCAACAUGCGGAUAAAAAAUUCUCCUUCUGGGCUGAAAAGUGCACCACGUUGGAGUACUUUAAGGACAAGUACAGGAAUAUGUUUGAGCGGUUGAUGGAUGCGGAGCAGGAUCCCAAGCUGAAACACGCCCACUCUUUUGACCUGGACAGAAUGGUUAAGCACCAGCGAGAUUUGACGCCAAAGGAUCGUCGACUGAUCGUGGAGUACUACAACAGUCUGAAUCCAUCUGUUUAUCCCGAUCACAAGCACCAUUUUACACUGGCCAAAAUUUUCUCCGGCUGCUUGUCCAACUAUUCUGGAGUGGAUGUGACCAUGGUGGGACUUUUUAAGCCAGAGUCACGUUUCUACGAAAAGGAUCAGCUUGUGGAAGACUACCUGUAUAUUGAUUUGCACAUGGGACCAACACUUCCGGUUCUAUUGAAAGGCUUGAUUGUUGCCUAGUUUUAUAUGCAUUUAUUGUGGUUUCUUCUUGGGUUUCUUAAUUUUAUGUGCAGUAAUAAAGCUUUUACUUUUGGGGGAG